AUGAGCGUAGCCGAUCGCCGCAGCGCCAGCCCUCGCAGCAGCAUUCUCCUCGGCGUCGCUCCCCGGAUAAACGCGAGCCUCACCGCCCCGGAGCUGGCGAUCAUUUGUCUCCUGCGAGCCCCCGCUCUCCUCGCCACCGAUCCCCCCAAGGUCGGGCAGCCCAACGCUCAUCGCGAGCACGAUCCCCCGCGCAGCGCUCUCCGCGUCGAUCUCCGGCGAGGCGGGGGAGGGGGUCUCCUGGGCGUCGGUGGGAUGCUGGGCGUCGCGAGCAAUCCCCUCCGCGACCGCAUUCGGCUGGCUCUGGAGGCCGACGGGGUCGGCGGAAUGGAGCGGGAGCUAGAGGCCACAUUCCAUUGUCUUGAGUGGAUGGCUCUCAUUGGUGGAUCCAGCAUCGGCCCCGAGCGAGUCAAGCGAGAGGAGGGAAUGGCAACGGUGAAGCGGCGGCUGCUGCAUGGCGUCAUGGACUUCACUGCCGCGCAGCUGCGCGUGCAGGUCAGAUGUCACUCUGUUCUUCCCCAUCUCUUCUUCCUUUCCCAGCGCUGUCAUCCCUCCUUCUCUUCUCCUUCUCACCUAGCCCCUGCCCCAUCGUCCGCCCCUUGUCCCGCCCACCCACACGCCACCGCCAAGCAGGCUCAAGUGGAGGCCACAGCAGCAGCGGCAGCAGCGGCAGCAGCAGAGGCAGCAGCCCUAGCAUCCCCCCUCCCCAUGGACAUCCCCAUCUCGCCCACGCCCACCUCCCCACACCCGCGCGCCCCCGACCCGCUGCUCACGUCCCCCACGUCGGCGUGGCUGCUGGAGAACGCGGUGGCGCUGCUCAUGCUGCUCGAGGACUUCCUGCGCUUCCACGCUGCUGCGCGCUCGCCCCUCGCCCUGCCCACCGUCGCCUUCGAUGCAGAUGACACCCUCCCUGGCUCCCGCCCUGCCGCCUGGCAGGAAGUCCCUGACCCUGACUCCCCCACAGGAGCCUCCGCUGCUGCUGCUGCUGCUGCUGCAGCGGGAGGUGGGUCUGUGCUGCCAGGCACGACGGCCACAGCAGCAGCGGCGGCAGCAGCGGGCUUGAUGCCGCUGGCGGCUCAGCUGUCCAACCCGUUGCUCUCCGCAGGGUCUUCCUCGCGCCGCCGCAGCCCCACGGAUCUGCUCACUCUCGAGAUGCUCGCGCUCAUGGCGGAUAACGCGGGGCAGCUGACGGCCCCCAUGCUGGAGCGCAUCACCGCUUCCACCAGUGCAGAGCCCUUUGAGGGCGUGCGCUGCGCCCUGCCGACUUACGGGUCUAUUUCCCAGGAGUUACCCCUCAGUUGGGGGCACCGCAGCAAGCUGUGGUAUGGCGUGGCGGUGCCGCCCGAGGGGAAGGGGGCACCGGGGUGGGGCGGCGGGCGGGCGGCAUGGGCGGCAGCAGUGGAGAUUGACCCGGUGACGGGGCGGUGGCAGGAUCUGCCUCUUGUGGUGAAGGCUGUUGCCAUGCUGCGAUCCAUGCUGCUGGACGAAGGGGACGUGGGGCAGGGGCAGGGGGGCGAGAAGCAGGGGGGGAAGGGAGGUGCAGGGGCGGCGGAAGGGGUGUUGGCAGUGGUGGGGGGGAUAGCGAACAUGCUGGGAGGGGGGAGUGCGGGGGGCGUGUUGAACCGGGCGAGUCAGUUACUCCUGGAGGACGAUCAGACGCUGCUCACUGUCAUCCGCCUGGUGGGCGUGGCUGCUAGGGAGCUCAGUGACAUGGUGGACCCGGGGGGGGACGGGGCAGCAGUACAUGGAAAGGAGGGGGGAGUGGAUGGGGCGGACGGGGGAGUGGUGGCGUGGGAGCGAGGUGAAAUGGAGGGCAUCUCGCCUGGCGUUCUCAGCUCCUUGCUCUGGCGGUACGUGCAGUGCACGCCAGCCAUGACAUGCGCAUGCUCAUCUGUUCACCGUUGUUAUGUCCACUGCAAUCCCACCUCACCAUGCUGUCUCCCACCUCACCAUGCUGUCUCCCACCUCACCAUGCUGUCUCCCACCUCACCAUGCUGUCUCCCACCUAGAUAUGAGCACGAACCGAACUCAAACAUUUCGGUUCGAUGCUCAUAUCUACUCCCACCUCACCAUGCUGUCUCCCACCUCACCAUGCUGUCUUCCACCUCACCAUGCUGUCUCUCCCACCUCACCAUGCUGUCUCCCGUCCCUCCCACCAAUGUGCACUCUCACACUUCCCUCCUCUGCUCUUCUCGCCCCCUGCCUCCGCCCUGCAGUGCUUUGCUGCCGCUGCUCACAACAGCGUCACUUGACGCGCGCAAGCAGUGCGCCCUCGCAGCAUCUGCCGUCCUGCACACAGAGGCCAUCCACGCCAUAGCGCCAUCGCGCGCCAUCCUGCGCCCAUCGCUCAUCGCAGUGGUGCAGCCGCCCCUGGCAGCGCUGCUGCGCAAGUGGCGCUCCGCCUUCGCCUUCAUCCCCCACCUCACUGACUUUGAGGGCCACAACCCCUUCCUCAGGGACGAUGACCGUGCGCUUGCCACCGACGCCACGGCCGAUGAGGCAUCACUGGCGCUGCUGCAAGUUAUCUGGGUGGCAGCCCUGGCGUCCCCCCCUGCCUCCACGGCCCUCGCAGCCAUGGCUGCUGCUGCUGGCCCCGGAUCUGCUGCCCCCCGCACCACCCUCACCUCCUCCUCCUCCGCCUCCUCCCUCUCCACCCUCUCCUCUGCUCCUGUCACGCGCACGUCUACCUACCCCAGCGCCACCCCACCCACAGGCAGCACCAUCCUUGCUGCCUCUGCUAGUCACGCGCCUGGGACUGGCAGUGCCACUUCUGCUGCUGUCUCCCGCACUAGCAGCCAUCACGUGCCGCCUGGCCAGCCUGGCUCCAGCUCAGCAGUCAACCGGCGCAUGUCUCAACGCAGCGGCGUGACUAAAGCGGGGGGAGGGAGGCAGGAGGGGGAGCGGGAGGGGGCAACAUCGUCACAGAGGCGCAUGAACGGCGACAAGGACCGCGCGCAGCGGUGGAGCCUGGGGGAGGCCAUGGAGAAAGCAUGGGACUGCAGUCUUGGCAUCCCUGUCUCUGUUGCCACCCACACCACUGCUGCUGCUGCUGGUGCUGGUGGUGCUGGGGGGGUGGAAGGGAGGGAGGGAGGGGCAGCAGCGGCGUGGUCAGAGGAUACGGGGAACGGCACGGCGCUGGGUCCCACGCUGGGCGGGUUGCAGCAGCACCUCGAUGGCCUGCGCUCCCUCAUUCGCGCUCAGAGGCUGCGGAGGGUGAAGAUAGAGACGCAGAUGGCGCGCGCGCACACAGCUGGCAUGCGCAUGUGGCGCUCCCUCAUUCGCCAGCUGCUCGAGUCAGGGCUGCUCGUGGGCCUCCCUGGAAGUUUCCACGAGUUGAAGCAGCGCCGGGUGUUUUGGAAGCUGGACCGAGUGGAGAGCAGCUCGCGCAUGCGGCGCCGCAUGGUGCGCAACUACCGCGGCUCCGACUGCCACGGCCUCGCUGCUGACUUCCGGCCCCCCUCUGACCACCCCCCGCCCGCUGCCAAGCGUGCCCGCUCCCAGGGGGACGCGGAUGGGGUGGAUAGGGUAGACAAGGGGGCGGUGGCAGGGGCGGUGGGCUUGCAGGAAGGGGGGGAUGUGGGGGAUGAGGGGAAGAAACGAGAGGAUGGGGAGGGAGAGGGGGUUGCAGUGGGAGGGGGAGCGGGUAGUGAGGGUGUGCGUGUGGAUGGGGAGGGGAAGGAUGAGGCGAAGGAAGGGGUGGCGGAGGGGAGUGGCGCAGGGGAUGUGGAGGGGGUGGGAGGGGCCAUAGCGGGAGGGGCCAUAGUGGAAGAUGCAUCGGGGCUGCUGGGGGGCUGCCUGCCCGCCCCUGUGAAAGACUUCGAUGCUCCUGUGCCGAUGAGCGCGGAUGACGAGGGGCACGACGGGGAGGUGGAGGGGGACAGAGGGGAGGGGGAGGGUGGAGAAGGUGAGGAGAGGGAGGGGGCACGAGGUGCAGCAGCGGGGGGUGGUGACGGCGUGAGAGCAGCAGAGGGAGGUGAAGUUGGGGGUGGUGCUUUGGACCAUGGGGUGUUGUUGGAAGGUGGUGUCAUGCACACGCCACGUGCUCAUGAUUCUCUGGCGGCCAACGAUGCUGAGUCAGGACUAACGGAAUCUGCUGCUGAGUCAGACGCAAAGGGCGGUGACCCAUCAGAAGCAAGAGUCGUCAACGGCCGCCUGCUCGUCACUGCCUCUCGCUUGCUCUUCCUUGUCGACCCCUCCGUGCAUUUCAAGGAGAGCGCGGCGGGCGACCAGGGGAGGGAAGGGGGUGGAGGGGGAAGGGGAGAGGGCGAGGAGGGUGUGGGGGGGAAGAAGGCGCGGGAUAGAGUGUGGCGGCUGACAUCCGUGAGGGAGGUGCUCAGCAGGCGCUACCUGCUGCGGCGCUCGGCCCUGGAGGUGUUCAUGAUCGACCGCUCCAACUUCUUCUUCAACUUCGAGGGCCCGGAGGAGCGGCUACUAGUGCACCGAGCCAUCGAGCAUGCCAACCCACCACACCUGCAGCACCACUUCUCCCCCACACUGCGCCCGGAGAAGAUGCUUGAGCGGCUGCAGCUCACUGAGAGAUGGCUGCGCAGGGAGAUCACCAACUUCGACUACCUCAUGCAGCUCAACACCCUGGCUGGCCGCACAUUCAACGAUGUCACCCAGUACCCCGUGUUCCCCUGGGUAAUUCAGGACUAUACCUCAAAGGAGCUCGACCUCACGAACCCAGCCACCUUCAGAGACCUCUCCAAGCCGGUGGGGGCGCUGGAUGCAGAGCGGUUGGAGAAGUUUGUGGAGCGGUACCACAGCUUUGCAGACCCCGUGAUCCCCAAGUUCCACUACGGCUCGCACUACUCCAGCGCCGGCAUUGUGGCGCACUAUUUGCUGCGGGUGGAGCCGUACACGUCGCUGGCGCUGGCCCUGCAGGGCGGCCAGUUUGACCAUCCUGACCGCCUCUUCCUGGACGUGGCUGCCACGUGGCGGGGCGUCACCUCCGACAUGAGCGAUGUCAAGGAGCUGAUCCCGGAGUGGUUCUGUCUACCGGAGAUGUUCACCAACAUCAACGGGUUGCACCUCGGCUCCACCCAGAAGGGAGAGGUCAUCGGGGACGUGAAGCUGCCGCCAUGGGCGGGCAGUGCGGCGGACUUUGUGCGCAAGCAGCGGGCGGCACUGGAGAGCGAGUAUGUCAGCAGCAACCUGCACCAUUGGAUCGACCUCAUCUUCGGGUACAAGCAGAAGGGCAAGGAGGCGCUGGCAGCACACAACGUGUUCUUCUACGUCACCUACGAGGGCGCUGUUGACAUCGACUCCAUCACCAACCCCAUCGUGAGGAGGGGCAUGCAGGAUCAGAUCUCCUACUUCGGCCAGACGCCCUCACAGCUGCUCACCACGCCGCACCCACCGCGCAUCCCCCUGGACUACGCACUCCACCUGCACACGGUGUUCCGCAAGCCCGAUGAGAUCCUGCCCUACGUGCUGCCACACCCCGACACCCUCAACGUGCCCGCCAGCCGCAUCGUUGCCACCUCAGAUGCCAUCGUCACCGUUGAUCUCAAUGCUCCCGCUUGCCACGUGGCGGUGCACCAGUGGCAGCCCAACACCCCGGACGGCCACGGCUGGCCGUUUUUGUUCCAGCCCGGGCGGUCUUCGCUGACAGGUAGUGCCAUUCUGCGGAUGCUGACGGGGGCGGCGCUGGGCGGCAAGGGCAGCAACAGUGAGACAUCCCUCUAUCCCCGCCUCGUCGCCCUGCCUGCUCCGGGGAUAAAGCACACGUCAACAGCAGCAGGCGCGGCCGGAGGGGGAGGGGAAGGAGGGUCGGGCGGGGGAAAGGAGAUCAUAGCGAUUUCCCCGGACGGCAAGUUUCUGUUCACAGGCGGGCACGCGGAUUUCUCCGUGAAGCUGGUGUCAGUAGACUCCACUCGCGUGCUCGAGACCGCUGCUGUGCAUGGCGGCCCCGUGACCUGCCUGGCUCUCUCCCCUGAUGGCGCCACUCUCGCCACGGGCGCCACGGACGGGGUGGUGCUGCUGUGGCGAGUCAACCACGCCUCCGCGCCCUUCCCUUCCUCCCCUGCCGCCGGGGUCACGGCUGGGCUCGUGGCUGCUGGGGCGGGGGCGGGGGGGCGUGUGGCAAGGCGCAGCAGCGCAGCACCCACGGGGCCACACGACCCUGCGCUGGCUGCAGCCGCUGCAGCGGUGUCGGCGAGCGAGGAGCGAGCAGGCAGCAUGGCAGUAGGAGGAGCGGAUUAUCCCGAGCGCGGAGCCGGAGCCGGGGGUGGCAUGUCGGACGCGGCACUGCUGCUGAGCGCAGCAGGGGGCAUGGGCGGGGCGGGGGGACUGGAGGCACCGAGGAAGUGGAGGCGGAUGGAAGGGCCCGUGCAGGUGCUGCGCGGCCACCUAGACACCAUCCUCUGCUGCGCCGUGUCCUCGGAUCUUGACCUCGUUGCCUCCUCCUCCCGCUCCCGCGGUGUGCUCCUCCAUUCCCUCAUGAAGGGCCGCUUCCUGCGCCAGCUGCCGGGGGUGGGGCCGGCGGACCUGCUGGCCAUCUCCCCGGAAGGGGUGGUGGUGGUGUGGGAGCGGCGGCAGCGCGCGCUGCGGGCGUUCACGAUGAACGGAGCGGCGGUGGCGGGGGUGAGGAUAUCGCAGGAGGACGGCGAUGUGAGCAGCGUGCAGGUGUCAAGCAACGGGCUCUUUGUGGCCGUGGGGACGGACUGCAGCCGGUGGCGGCAUGUGCGGGAGAAGGAACGGCAGAAGGAGAGGGAGCGCGCUGCUGUGAUUGCCGGGGAGAAGGUGGGGCUGGGGAAGCCUGGGAGCUUUAAAGAGGAUGAGGGGCGACGGAGGGAUGGUGGGGGUGAGAAGGGCGAGGGAGGAGAGGAGUUGGAAGGGGAGAAAGGGGAGGCGGGCCGUGGGCAUCGGGACGAGGGGGAAAGAGGAGGGGAGGAAGGCGAGGGGGGGAAUUCAGGCAAGGAGAGGAGGGAGGGAGAGGGCGAGAGGAGGGAGGGCGGGGAGGUUGAGGGAGAGCGUGGAGGGGUGGCAGCAGGGGAGGGUGGUGUGCUGCCGGACUGGAGGAACACGGAUGAAGGGGGUUCACGGAAGGAGCGCGGAUCAGCGGUGUCACUUCUUGACCUCUUCUCCCUCAAAGCGCUGUGUCGCUUCAAGCUGCCGGAGGGCACGGACGUGACAGCGCUGGCGCUCUCAGCGGACAACACCAACCUGCUCUGCUCCACCUCUGCUGACCUCGCCCCCGGCCAGCUCAUCCUCUACAGCAACCCCCUGCUGAGUGUGAAGAUGGUGGAUCAGAUGCUGCGCCUCGGCUGGGAGGGCAGCGAGUUUGCCAGCAUCUUCUGA